CAACAGCAACAGCAGCAAAAAGGACAUAGCAAAGAACAGUUUAAUGCAUUUUUCUGUUUUAUUUCAAUGUUGCUCAUUCAUAAUUAGAGAAAAGUGGCAGAAAAGUGAUCGAUUACGCUGCGGAUAAUUACCUCGUCAACGUCCCGCUGAACAUUGGACUGCAUAAUAGGUGAAAGGUGAGAAAAAAAAGGAAAAGCUUACAGCCGUUCGCUACCCAAAGCAGCGAAAAAAAAAGUUCCUGAAAACAAAAACACGAAGCCAUCAAAAUCUCACGGUAAAACUGGAACGGUCAAGUCUAGUACAGGAAAUGGCCACGGUCAAUUUGAACGGGCAGUACCGUGAUGGUGGCGGUGGAACAUCUUCGGCCGGGUGCGGUCCUUCGUCGUCUUCGUCCUCGUCGCAUUAUCCGAUUCAGGGCAAGAAGGAUCAGUGGAUCAAACUGAACGUUGGCGGAACCUGCUUCUUGACUACCAAAACAACACUCUCCCGGGAUCCGAACUCGUUUCUGUCGCGGCUGAUUCAGGAAGACAGUGAUCUCAUUUCCGAUCGGGACGAAACGGGUGCCUAUCUGAUUGAUCGUGAUCCGCGGUAUUUUGCACCUGUGCUGAAUUACCUGCGCCAUGGUAAGCUUGUGCUGGACGAUGGUCUGUCAGAGGAAGGUGUCCUUGAGGAAGCGGAAUUUUAUAACGUUACGCACCUGAUUGGACUGCUUAAAGAUAGCAUUGCACGGAGAGAACAGAGACCAACUGCAGAUAAGAAACGAGUCUAUCGUGUUUUGCAGUGCCAGGAGAAUGAGCUAACACAGAUGGUAUCAACCAUGUCGGAUGGGUGGCGGUUCGAGCAACUCAUCAACAUUGGUACGUCGUACAAUUACGGUGCCGAAGAGAACGCAGAAUUCUUGUGUGUGGUAUCGAAAGAGUGUGCAAACACGUUGAUUGGUCGCGAGAAUGAAUCCAACGAUCGAGCAAAGGUGCUUCAACAGAAGGGUUCCCGAAUGUAAAGGGAAGGUGAGGUAAAUAAAUACUUACUAUUGAAAAAAUAACAAUAUAUACUAGCGACGGAAGCAGAGCAUCGGUAUGACACCCAACUGAAAACGCGCUAAACCCCGUUACUUAUACACAUCGCUAAGUUUGGAUCGGUUUUUGAACGUUUACGAUUAGCAAGCAAACUGGGUUACUCUUACAAGGCACCACGUGGUAACUCUUUGCCGUUUUUUUUUUUAUCUAUUCGGUACUCGUUGAUAUACCUAGGUGACUAUCGUGCAUAGAAUCAAACAUUUUAUUUUCUAGGAAGCAAACAUUAACGCACGUUCACCCUAUCAAUCACACAUAGUUUCCUUCUAGGGCACCAUAAAAUCCACUUUUCUUAUGUAGGUGAAGAUGUUUUCUCUCGCUCUCGGCUCGAUCACGAAUACGAAUAGUAAAUCCCCAAAUAGGCUGCGAGGUAAAAGAACGAAUCGUUUACCCACCGAGCAACGGUCAUCAAGUUAAAACAGAAAUAAAACAAUCAGAAAUUGACAACCUCCAACUCGCAAUUUAUAAACCAGUGUGUAGCAACUCCUCGAUUAGUACUAUUCUUUAAAAUAAAACACACACAAACCAUAGCAGACAUUGGAGAAUAUUUGCAUGAUGCUACUUUCCUAAUAUGAUUGCUAACUCCUCAUAGUUAACGAAAGAACCGACGCUCCGGGUAUACUUAUUCUUCGAUCGAAUCGCGUAGAAUAAUUUCAACGAACAAAUAUGACAGUUUUACGUAAGUUACUACAUUUAAUGAGAGAUGUAGAGAAAUUCCAAACUGUGCGCACCCCGCGAAGCGCACCGUCCGUUUCUCACUCUCUUUCCCCAUACUACAAACGUUAUUCAAAUGUGUUCUGCAAAACAACUCAACUGUUGAAUUUCCUAUACUAUAGAACAAGAACAAUACAUUAUUGUGUUUAGUUGAGGAACUUUUCUUAUUUGCAAACGUUAAGUUUUAAGUGAGGACAAUUAAGUUAUCUUCUCUGGCAGGUCAAACAAUUUGGAGAACUAACCGAAAUUUUGAUGAUAAGACAUCCACUAAAACACAUCAGUAUACGCACGUUGAUUUCUACUGCAAGAGUUGAGAAUUAUUCCAAAAAAUAGAGACACGAUGUGCAUGUUUUGGUGAAAAAAUCUUUGAGGAAAAUAUAUUGGAGCUACCCUAACAAACACAAUGAUAAUGAUGCCGAAGAAUAAAGUAAAACAGUUCAACGUUGUAAAGCAGGGCAGAUGAUAUGUGAGUGGAAUAGAAAUAUAAUUUAAUACACA